UUCGUCGCCGCCGGCCUCCGGAAGCCCCACACGCCCUGGCGCUACCCGUCGCCCUUCCUCGGGAACCAGAGCGACGCCGCGGCGCACGGCGCGCUCGAUCCGUCCGUCGCGCCCAUCGCGCUCUCGUCCAUGACGACCAGAGGAUUCCAGGCGGAUCCCUUCUCGCCGCUGCCGCGCGCGAACGGUUCGGCGUUCCGGCGCCACUACUACGCGGCGACGGCCUGGAUGGACUCGCAGCUCGGGCGCGUCCUCGACGCCCUCGAUGCCACCGGUCUCGCGUCGUCGACCCUCGUCGUGCUCCACGGCGACCACGGCUGGAGCCUGGGCGAGCACGGCGCGUGGCAGAAGUUCACGGAGUGGGAGGCGGGGCUCCGCGUGCCGCUGAUCGUCGCGGACCCGACGCGGCCGGCGACGCACGGCAAGCGGUCGUCGGCCCUCGUCGAGCUCGUCGACGUCUUUCCGACGAUGGCCGAGCUCGCGGGCGCGCCGCUC